GACCUGCCCUGACUCCCAUUAAAGACAGUGGCUAUAAAGGAGCUUAAGACAAGGCUGCAGCCGGCACAGUGACACAGGCACAGACCUACAGUCAGUAGAGUGUGUCUAUGUGCACGUAUGUGAGAGUGAAUAAAUAAAAAGGCACCCAGGGAAACACUUGGAUGUAAGUGUGUGAGGGAGAGUCUGAGCCCAGAGCAGAGGAGACAGGAGCACAGGAGAGAAGAGGGCGAGAGAGAGAGCGAGAGAGAGAGAGUCAGAAGAGAGGGAGAGCGUACAAAAGAGAGAGAGAAAGAGAGACAGACAGAGAUAGUGGGGAGACAGGGACUGAGACAUCAGAGUGUGGAACAGGUUCUUUGUGCAGCACUUUGGACUCAGCCUCAGCAGACAUGCCCAACUUUGCCGGCACCUGGAAGAUGAAGAAAAGUGAGAAUUUUGACGAACUUCUCAAAGCUCUGGGGGUGAACAGCAUGCUGAGGAAAGUAGCCGGGGCCGCUGCCUCCAACCCCCAGGUGGAGAUCCGUCAGGACGGAGAGCAGUUCUACAUCAAGACCUCCACCAGUGUGCGUACCACCGAGAUCAACUUCCACAUUGGAGAAGAGUUCAACGAGGAGACAGUGGAUGGACGGAAGUGCAAGAGUUUGGCUACCUGGGAAUCUGAGAACAAGAUCCACUGUCAGCAGACCCUGUUGGAGGGACCUGGGCCCAAGACUUUCUGGACCAGGGAGUUGAAUGGAGAUGAGCUCACACUGGUAUUCGGGGCAGACGACGUCAUUUGCACAAGGAUUUAUGUGCGGGAAUAAUAACGCUGAUCAGGAGACGGCACAAACACAACUGGACCACACUUUGUCAUGCUAAUCUAAUGAAACACACCUAUCCUGUGGCAGGCGUUAAUCUGCGUAGUAUUCAUAUACAGUAGCAUUCAAUGUGCCAGUAAUCCCGUAGUAAUUUCUGCAGUCAGUUUGCAGUAGUUUGCAUACUUUUCAUCAACAAAAGUCAUCAUCAGUGAAAACAAUAAAAACUUUCAAAUCUCAACAAA